GUCACAGUCUUCUACAUUAAUAUAUUUGUGGCGUGUUUAGUUAUUAAACAUCUAAGAAUGGCUACUUUUCCUACUCUUCAUGGCCUGCACAACCCUCUUCCUCGAUCUCAAUUCCUAGGCCAAGAUCACCCUCUCACUCACCAAUUCCCUCUCAAACAACAAGUGCAUCACAAAACAGCACCAACUCAUGAAGUUCUAAUGCCACGUGCUGCAAAGUUCAACAUAUUGGAAAUGAUGGGAGGGAGAGGACUAUGCAACGGGGAAAAGGGUCUUCAGCAAGAGCUGAAAAGGCAAGUUGUUGUUCCACAAUCAUCAAUAUCAUCACAAGAAGAAGAAGCACCAAGUGGUGAAAAAGAGGAGCAAGAAGGUGAAGGUGGUGAUGAUGAUGAAGGAAGUGUUAAGGUACCAGAAGAUGGUUUUGAGAAGGAAAUGAUGGGGCUAACAGGGGGCUUUCCUGGGGGUGAGAAAGGGUUGAAAAAGUUUAUUGAGAAAAAACAACCCUCCUACAAAAGCAACUAAUAAUGUUGUCUCCCUCUCAUUUUGAAAGAGGCCAUUGUGAAGAAUAUUCAAAGGAAAUUAAUGUUCAUUUUUAUUUGAUGUUAUAUAUCUGUGCCCUUCUGAUUUUUGACAAUUCAAACUUGGAUGAGGUUUGUUUUCUUAAGUCUUAUCUCCCCCCUUUCUGAUGAGUCUCAGAAUUUUGUAUGGAGGGUUUAAUUUAAUGUUUUCCUUUCAAUUCA